GGGCGAAGCGGGGCGCCCUGGCGCGCGCGCGCGGCGGGCCCAGGUACGCGGACAAGAUGGCGGCGGCAGCGGUCGACAGCGCGAUGGAGGUGGUCCCGGCGCUGGCGGAGGAGGCCGCGCCCGAAGCGGCGGGCCUCAGCUGCCUCGUCAACCUGCCCGGCGAGGUGCUGGAGUACAUCCUGUGCAGCGGCUCGCUGACGGCCGCCGACAUCGGCCGCGUCUCCAGCACCUGCCGGCGACUGCGCGAGCUGUGCCAGAGUAGCGGGAAGGUGUGGAAGGAGCAGUUCCGGGUGAGGUGGCCUUCCCUUAUGAAACACUACAGCCCCACCGACUACGUCAAUUGGUUGGAGGAGUAUAAAGUUCGGCAAAAAGCUGGGUUAGAAGCCCGGAAGAUUGUAGCCUCAUUCUCAAAGAGGUUCUUUUCGGAGCACGUCCCUUGUAAUGGUUUUAGUGACAUUGAGAAUCUUGAGGGACCAGAGAUAUUUUUUGAGGAUGAAUUGGUGUGUAUCCUAAAUAUGGAAGGAAGAAAAGCUUUGACCUGGAAAUACUACGCUAAAAAAAUUCUCUACUACCUACGCCAACAGAAAAUUUUAAAUAACUUGAAGGCAUUUCUUCAGCAGCCUGAUGACUAUGAAUCGUAUCUUGAAGGUGCUGUAUAUAUUGACCAGUACUGUAAUCCUCUCUCUGACAUCAGCCUCAAAGAUAUCCAGGCCCAGAUUGACAGCAUUGUGGAGCUUGUUUGCAAAACCCUCCGGGGCAUCAACAGUCGACACCCCAGCUUGGCCUUCAAGGCAGGUGAAUCCUCCAUGAUAAUGGAGAUAGAACUCCAGAGCCAGGUGCUGGAUGCCAUGAACUAUGUCCUUUACGACCAACUCAAGUUUAAGGGGAACCGGAUGGAUUACUAUAAUGCCCUCAACUUGUAUAUGCACCAGGUUUUGAUUCGCAGAACAGGAAUCCCGAUCAGCAUGUCUCUGCUCUACUUGACAAUUGCCCGGCAGUUGGGGGUCCCACUGGAACCUGUCAACUUCCCCAGUCACUUCUUGUUAAGGUGGUGCCAGGGUGCAGAAGGGGCGAGCCUGGACAUCUUUGACUACAUCUACAUAGACGCCUUCGGGAAGGGGAAGCAGCUGACGGUAAAGGAGUGUGAAUACUUGAUCGGCCAGCACGUGACAGCGGCGCUGUACGGGGUGGUCAACGUGAAGAAGGUGUUACAGCGAAUGGUGGGAAACCUUUUAAGCCUGGGAAAGCGGGAGGGCAUCGACCAGUCCUACCAGCUCCUGAGAGACUCGCUGGAUCUGUAUCUGGCGAUGUACCCGGACCAGGUGCAGCUCCUCCUCCUUCAGGCCAGGCUCUACUUCCACCUGGGGAUCUGGCCAGAGAAGUCUUUCUGUCUUGUCUUGAAGGUGCUUGACAUCCUCCAGCACAUUCAAACCCUAGACCCCGGGCAGCACGGGGCGGUGGGCUAUCUGGUGCAGCACACGUUAGAGCACAUUGAGCGCAAGAAGGAGGAGGUGGGCGUGGAGGUGAAGCUGCGCUCCCAUGAGAAGCACAGAGACGUCUGCUACUCCAUUGGGCUCAUUAUGAAGCAUAAGAGUGUCCACUGCAGAAACCACCGAAGGCUGAGCUGUUCUGAACCGGAUCUACGCUUUUUGUUCUGUCGGAAGGGACUCGCUUUCCUCACUGCGAGUCUUCUAAUGGACGAUCUGUAUGGCUAUAACUGUGUGAUCUAUGGUUGGGACCCCACCUGCAUGAUGGGACACGAGUGGAUCCGAAACAUGAACGUCCACAGCCUGCCUCAUGGCCAUCAUCAGCCUUUCUAUAAUGUUCUGGUGGAGGAUGGUUCUUGUAGAUAUGCAGCCCAAGAAAACUUGGAAUAUAAUGUGGAGCCGCAGGAAAUCUCGCACCCUGAUGUCGGACGCUAUUUCUCAGAGUUUACCGGCACGCACUACAUCCCAAACGCAGAGCUAGAGAUCCGGUAUCCAGAGGAUCUGGAGUCUGUGUAUGAAACGGUGCAGAAUAUUUACAGUGCAAAGAAGGAGGACGUAGAGUAACGUCUGGUAGAGGACGCUGCACCUUUGCCGCUGCCGCUGCCCUCCAGGAGACCAGGAUUCCGGAAGAAGACGUCUCCACGGAUCCCUCCGGAUUCACACCACCAGGAAAGCCACUUAACCAGUAGUGCUGGUUGCCUCCUACCAAGUUUAAAUAACGUGUGCUCUCCUCCAGCUGCAAAGACAAUGUUGCUCUCCGCCUACACUAGUGAAUUCAUUUGACGGCACUGUGUUCAGUGGCAUGGCUUGUGUGCUUGUCCCGUGGUGACAGUUCGUGACAUUCUGUCUUCAUGAGGUCUCACAGUCAACACUCUUAGAGUCAUUCUUCCUGCUCACUUCCCGUACGUCUGUCUCCACCUGUCUCAGAACAUUUCAUUUGCCAGACAGAGGGGGGUCCCAUGUUGGCAAUAACUUCUUUCCGAUUUCUCUAUGGAACACGUGCAGUCCUGAGUCGGGGCUGCUUGUUUACCCUGAAUUGAGUUGCUCAUUCGGAGGGGGAGGCUGUGAGUGAUCGUGGCAGCAUCUGAGAGCUGGGGACAUUAACAGACUAACAGUAAUCAGAAUCCUCCGCAUUUAUUUUUUCUAAUAUUUGAAACAGAUUUCAGGCGUUUUAUCUUCUCCUUUAUUUGAAUUGGGAGAAUAGCCUAGCUUUUCCUUCGUGUUCCUCUCAGAUUUAUGUUCAUCUCUCUGCGAAACCUUAGUUUUCUGUUUCAUUACAUAAAAUCUUUUGAGAAAAUGCAUCAUAAUGGCUUUUAUGGAUGGAUUUUCCCACAUUUAUCUAUUCCUCUCUUUAACAUAACUACUUUUUUUUUCUUUUAAUUUUAAAAAUUGUUCCAGUAACAUGAACAGAUCUUAAGUCAGUGACGGGUUCUCUUUAUAGUAGGAAGUAUAAUCUGGUGUUAAAAUGUUUGCUUUUAGAAACCGUACACGGUGGUCUCCAAAGACCUGAAAAGAAGGUUUCACUUUUGUAAUCGGAAAAAAGAAAUAAUGAACCUUACACAGUUUUUUAAAGAGGAAAGAGGAGGUUCUAUGCCCCCUGCCAUCCCGUAGAAUCACUCUAAGACCCUUUGGGUGUGGUGGGGUGGAAACAAGGAGGACGUCUUUAAUUUGAAGAGUGUUCGAUCAGUGGGGAAGGAGGCGGGGGUUCCUGCUUUCUCAAAGUGCUGCUGUGUCUCGCAGAUACCACUGGCUUCUGCCCUGUGCCCUUGGUCCCGGAGCGUGAGGGCACCGGGUCCUUGCGCAGCUCCAGGCGCCUGCCGCUCUCCACCUGCCUGUUCUCAAGCGAGCUAGCUAAUUCGUAGUUAACCAGUAGAAGCUAACUCCUGGAGUUAGGACCUAGUUACUUUACUCAGAGUUGAAAAGAACCCAGUUGCUCUGGUGAGUGAGGCUUCGGGGGCUGUGAUCCGGCCCCGCCUCUCUGCCCUUCUGUGCAUUUGCAUGCUGUUUUCCCACGCCGUGUUUGAGGACUGCCUCUCAUUUAGCCCGUGGAAGCCCUGGGAUGGCCGAGGUUUGGGGAAGCCAGCUGAGACCACUUGGUAGUACCUGGCGACUGGUAAGCAGUUAGUAGAGAUGAGGGUCUGGCGGGCCGGCUCCUGCCAGCCUGAGUUAGCCUCGCCAGUGUCCGCGUCCCCCGUCAGUCCGAUCCAGAGCCUGAUGGGUUAGAUUUGCCUGGGAAAUGUGACCACUCACAGCACCCAGCCUGCUGAGGCUGGAGGUCUUACACUACUCUCGUUUAAAGGUGAGAACUAGUUUAAUCCGGAGGUAAUACUAACCAGAUGCAUUACUAAGAAACUGUGGAGCAUGCUGAGUUAUAAUUGAUUUCCUUUUUUUCUUAGAGUAACAUCAAAGCCAAGAAGGAUGGUUUUACCUUUACUGACCCAAUGUAAAUAUGUAUCUAGACCGUUUUUAAAUGUGUUUCUUCAUGAAUGCUUCAUUUGGCUCCAGGAAGCCUGUGUCACCUGUGUAAGUUGGUAUUUGGGCACUUUAUAUUUUUCUAAAAACGUGUUUUGGAUCUCCUGUACUCUAAUAAAUCAUAAGUUUCUUUUUAAAAUUUUUUCCAAAAGUUUCUCCAUUUUAAAAAGCCCUGUUACAACAAAGUAGGACUUUCACGAUGUUAAAAUAUUAAAUAUUUGGAUAUAUAGUAACUUCUUUUCUCUUCAAAUGAAUGCCAAGUUUUUUUGUACAAUGAUUAAUAAAUGGAACUUACCCAGAGAAACCA